UUCGGGGAAAAUAAAGACAGCGGCUCAUCCUGACUGCGCUCACUGUGUGAAAACGGGAGUUUAACUUUAAAUAAAACCCCUCCGGUGGUCACAGUUUGUCAGAGCAGGUAAAGGAAGACUUCCGCCGGACGCGGAGGACCGUGUCCCCGGGGGACAUCACAUAUUCAGCCCGGUUAUCCUUCCGGUAACUGGGAUUAGCUAACGUUAGCUGUCCGGCUAACAGGCUAACAACAACAACAAGGCUGAGGAGCUGUUUGUUAUCAGAUAUUGAGGACUAUGGCUGAGACCAGCGACAUGAUCGAAGUGACAGUGAAGACUCUGGACUCUCAGAGCAGGAGCUACAGAGUCCGGGCUGAGCUGACUGUGAAGCAGUUUAAGGAGCACAUUGCAUCAUCAGUGGAGAUCCCAGUGGACAAACAGAGGCUCAUCUACCAGGGCAGAGUCCUGCAGGACGACAGGAGGCUGACGGAGUACAAUGUAGACGGGAAAGUGAUCCACCUGGUGGAGCGCGCCCCACCUCAGGCCACCAUGUCUGGCUCUGGUGGUGCAGGUGUUUCCACCGGAGGGGCGGAGGGCAGCAGCCACGCCUCCACCUCCUCCCAGGGUGCACUGCAUGACCGUAACAGCAACAGCUACGUGAUGCUGGGGACCUUCAACCUGCCCGUCAACAUCAUGGACCCUCAGCAGAUCCAGAUGUCUGUCCAGCAGAUGAUGGCAGGAGUCAGUGAGGCUGGGAGGAGCAGCAGGGUCAGCACCAGCUCCGGGAGCAACGGCUCGGUGGAUGUGCAGAUCAACUUGGACCAGUCGGUGCAGAGUGAGCCCAGGAUGAGGCUGCAGCUGGCCGAGAACCUGCUCAGAGACGCUCGAUCCCUGAUCCACAGGCUGGAGGGCGUGUCCAGUGACAGCAGCAGCUCCCUCUCACAGCCAGAGGGAUCUCAGUCCUCUCCUCCUCCCCCACCAUCCUCCACCUCCUCCUCCUCUGACAGAGGUGCUGCAGCAUCACAGCUCAUGGACACCAGCUCUCCUCCUGCUCCAUCAUCCUCCGCCUCCACCCAGACGGAGGGACCGGCCAACACUGGGCCCAAUCACCCGAGUCCAGCGGAGUUUGUGGAGGUUCUGUCUGAGGUCAGGAGGGUGGAGGAGAGGUUACGUCCCUUCAUCGAGAGGACUCACUCCAUCCUCGGAGCAGCCACCUCCGCAGACUACAACAACAACAUCCAGGAGCGAGAGGAGGAUCAGCGCAUUCUCAACCUGGUCGGAGAUGCUCUGCGUCUCCUUGGCAACAGCUUAGUCGUCCUCGGCGACCUACGCUGUAACCUGGCGACCUCUCCUCCACGUCACCUGUAUGUGGUCCGUCCCAUAGCCCACUACAGCCACCCGGUCCUGCUCCAGGCUGGUCUGCCACACAUGCCCAUCCCAGUGAACUUGGGGACGACAGUGACCAUGACGUCUAACGGGAGAGAGGCAGCUGAGGGACAGCGUCAGCCCUCUCAUGUCAUUGGCCAAUCAGAUCAGCAGGCUACAGGUCAGGCCCCGCCUCUUCAGCCCAAUGGGACCAAUCAACAAGGACCAGGGGGACCCAGAGUAAUCCGGAUCACCCACCAGACCAUGGAGCCUGUCGUCAUGAUGCAGAUGAACCUCGAUGGUGAGUCCGCUGCUGGCUCUCAGGUUCCAGGACAGCCAAACGCUGCAGGUACCGGACAGCCUGGACCGACCCCCGUCCACUUCCCAGGUCUGCCCCCAGAGUUCUUGCAGGCCAUUGUGCACCAGAUCUCCCACCAAGCCGCCGCCAUGGCCACCGCAGCCUCAGUGGGCCACCCAGCACAGAUGGUCCCUGGAUCUACACCCAGCGCUGAGGGAAGUGCACAACCGCAGACGCCCCACCCUGCUCAGGCGAGGGUCGUCAUCACCAGACCUUCCUUCUCCCCUCGCAUCCCUCAGCCAGUGGGAAACAGGGGAACCACCAUCAACGUGAGGGCCACGGUGCCCACAGCCGGUCAGCAGCCAGGACAGGGCACCCCUCUGGCUCCCUCCUCCCUCACACAGAUGAUCAGCGGUCUGGUGGGACAGCUCCUGAUGCCGGGGCAGACGGGUGAUCCCAUGUCCACGUCAUCUUCAGCCACCUCUCAGUCCUCCUUCUCUACCUCCUUCUCAUCUGAUACCUCCACCACGUCUCCUCCCCCUCCCUCUGCCAACACCUCCGGACAGACGUCCACCCACACCACCAACACUGCUUCUGUAGGUCAGCCAGCAGAGGGCGGUCCUGAGGGGAAUCUGGUCCAGCUGCUGGCCUCUCUGCUGGGAGGAGCAGCUGGACCAGGAGGUCCCGGCUCUGGACCGGCUCCCUCCAUCACUGUGACGCUGCCGGGGGUGCCCGGCUUCUUCCAGGGCGUGUCGGACUUCACAGCGCCACCAGCCAGUGGUCCCGGCGCCGCAGUCCCCGCUCAGUCCACCGGUCCCGCCCCCCCUCAGGCCGGCAGCGGUGCAGGUGGAGACUCUCUGAGCCCGGAGCUGUUCACUGGCAUCGUGCAGGGAGUGCUGUCCACCAUGAUGAGCUCUCUGGGGGCGCAGCACAGUACCGGAGAGAGCAUCGCCCAGUUCAUCCAGAGACUGUCUCAGACCAGGAACCUGUUCACGCCGGGCUCUGGAGAUGCUGUAGGUUUCUUCGGCGACCUGCUGUCCCUGGUGUGUCAGAGCUUCUCCAUGGUGGACAUGGUGCUGCUGCUCCAUGGGAACGCUCAGCCUCUGAGCCGCAUUCAGCCACAGCUCAACGACUUCUUCACUGAACACUACCUCCAGGGCCGAGAGCCCACUGACGCUAACAUCGCUGCAGCAGCUGAGGACCUCAUCAACGGGCUGGAGGAGUACAUCGCAGAGAGCUUUGCCACAGUGACAGUGCGAGAGGGCGUGGACAUCGUUCAGACCAACGUGUCCUUCCUCAGACAGCAGUUCACACAGAUGGCCUCACACAUCCUGCGCCAUAACGAUCCCACGUUCGGCCCUCGUCUGCUGCUGCUGUGCACUCAGGGUCUGUUCGAGUGUCUGGCUCUGAACCUGUACUGUCUCGGGGGAGAGCAGAGAUCUCUGACCGCCGUCAUCAACCACCGCAUCAGGAGGAUGUCUGCAGAAGUCAACCCCAGUCUGGUCAACUGGCUGACCAGUAUGAUGUCCAUGAGGCUGCACGUCAUCCUGGAACACAACCCAGUGACUGAGGACCAGAUCCAGCACUACAUCAUUUACACACAGGAGCAGUCGACCCAGAGGACGGAGGCUGAGGGGGAGCAGCCGCCAGAGAAUCCGAACAUGGAGAUGGAGGAGAGUUUGUCUCCAGCUGCAGCCACCACAGCAGAGGAGGCCAUGGCUUCAUCAGGUGACGGUGCAGAGAGGGAGGCACCUCACGGAGACAACACCGCCUCAGCAGGGGACGCUCAGUGCCCCGCUGGGGCCCCGACAGGACGGGAGGGGGCGGCCCCUGAGGUGGAGCCGUGGGCUACAGCUGUUCCACCCGAAUGGGUUCCCAUCAUCAGACAUGACAUGCUGUCUCAGAGGAAGAUCAAAGCCCAGCCGCCGCUGUCUGACGCCUACCUGCACGGUAUGCCCGCCAAGAGGAGGAAGACGACACAGUGUGAAGGCCCACACCUGUCUCUGUCAGACGCAGUGAGUCGAGCCGCUCGUGCCACAGGAGCCCUGCCUGUCACCGCUCCAAACAGCCUGCAGGGGGAGCUGGAGAGGCCGGAGCUGCAGGAAGCAUACACCAGACAGGUAAAGAGCGACAUCAAAGAGCGAGUGAGAGACGAUCCAGACUACAACGCUCAGCGAUUCCCCAACACACACCAGGUUUUCUCGAUAGAGGACUCCUAAUCAUCCUCAGCCCGGGAUCAGGACCUGGUCCACAACAGGAUCUGCUCACACUACCUGCAGCACAGAGCUCUGCUUCAUGUAGUGUGGUAACAUCCCACAGCUGCUGACGUCACCUCUCCUGCUUCAGAGUGUGACGUCACCUGCUGUGGUUGGUCAUGAAGGAUGGAAAAGACUGAAGACCCUCCACGACACAUGAUCCGUCACCUCGUGCUAAAACAUUCCCUCUGAGACCUCUGAGAAACUGAUGAUGGAAUAAGUGAAGUGUCAGAGAGGCAAACACUGAAUAUAAGAUCGUCUGACAUCAGCAGCUCAGCACAGAAGAGGACCGGGCCACCGAAACAGAAGAUCUGGAUUCAUCUCAGAACUUGUGUAGAAGCAGUCGGAGCAUUAGAACGUGACACACCACAGAUUAUAGGACCACUUUAAGGGGAAGAAGUGAUACUUUGAAUUAAAGUUGUAAUAUUAUGAGAACAGUCAGGACAGUAGGGAAUUAAGUAUCGUAAUAUUAGCAGAAAUAUGUAAAACAAAAAAAUUAUGAGAUAAACGUUAACAUUUUACUAAGAGAAGUCGCAGUAGUUAAAGAAUGAAGUCUGAAAUAUUCUGAGAAUAUUUAAACAGAGACAGAACUCUGUAAAUGUUGCAUUCAAGGACUGUCAGUAAAUGUAAAAACAGUCACAUACAGUGUAAUCACAUGAAGCGUGGUGUUGUGUGGUGUCCGUCCAUCUGUCUGUUCCUAAAAGGAGUUUAUUUCAAAUUUGGCACAAACGUCCACUUGGACUCUGCGAUUAACUGAAGUUAUGGUGGUCAAAGGUCAAGGUCACUGUAACCUUGUGUCCAACUCAUUCUCAUGACACAAUAUCUCAAGAAGUCCGUGAGGGACUUUCCUUAAAUUUGGCACAAACAUCCAGUCAGACUCAACAUUGAAAUGAUUCGAACUUAGUGGCUGAAGGUCAAAGGUCAAGGUCAGUAUGAUCUCACAAAACGUGUUUUUGGCCAUAAUUCAUGAAUUUUUAAGUCACUGUGACACUGUUCAUUGCAUUCUCGUGAAUGUGGUAUCUCAAGAACACCCUGAAAUGUCUUCAAAUUUGGCACAAACAUCUAUUUAGACUGUAACAAGAACAGAUUAGAUUUUGGUGGUCAAAGGUCAAGGUCAUUGUAACCUUGUGUCCAACUCUUUCUCAUGACACAAUAUUUUAAGAAGUCCUCAAAGGAGUUUCCUCAAAUUUGGCACAAACUUAACGAUGAACUGAUUAAAAUUUGCUGGUCAAAGUUCAAGGUCACGUGAUUUCACAAAACAUGUUUUUGGCCAUAACUCAUGAAUUCAUAAGUCACUGUGACAUUGUCCAUUGCAUUCUUGUGAAUGUGGUAUCUCAACAACACCUCAUGGGAUUUUCUUCAAAUUUGGCACAAACGUCCACCUGGACUCAAGAACAAACAAUUCAAAUUUGGUGACAUCAGCAUAUUCUACAUAAAACACUUGUGGACGUUACUCUGUCACUGCGUCCACCUUCAAACUGUGCUGAUUGUAAAGAUCUGUGCUGUCGGAGCAAAGGUGUGUGUUUUCACAGACAUAGUGGGCGGAGUCAAACAACCACAGGGUGGUAAUUCUACUUUACAUGUAAUGUCUUUAUUCUUAUUUCAAAAUGACUUUGUUCUCCAAAUGUCAGACCUUUGUGUCCUGAUACGCCAUCACACAGAGCAGAUCUUAUGCUACAAACGUAGUUGCAUUAUAAAUGUCUAAAAGGUAAAUGUGUAAAUUGUACAUAGUCGAUGGGCAGUGAUGUCAUAGAGCUUCGCCAGUGGCCAUCAGGCGAGUAGUGUUUCCUGCCGUGGCAUGGCAUCAUGAAUACAGAUAGCUCAUGAUUUUUUUUUUGUAUUUAAGGGCAUUAUCUUCAUCAGUGACGCAGGAUACUACGACCAUGCGUUCAGCUGUAGUGUGAUGCAGCGCCACCCGCUGGUCAGGCCGCGGUGGUGGUAGAAGUUUGUGAUGUUUGUCUGAAGGUGUCGGUAGAGAUUUGUCAAACUGUGAAUGGUGACUGUGCUUGUUAACAACAAUGACCUGCAGUAAAUUAACUUCUAAACAAAUCUUUCUGCAUCGCUUCAUUUACAAGGAAUAUUUAGAGUAACAUGUUGGUUAGAUGUGAUGAACCCUGUGUGUGUACGGUCUGCCCUGAGGGCGGGGCAAGAGAAAAUAUUUGGAGGAUCCAAAAUAUGAAACGAAAAGUUUCAUCCUCUGGGGAGCAUGAAUGUGAUCGGGAUGUUUCCAGGAAACAAGCAACACAAUGAGCAUGUGUGUGUCGUUAAUCUGGUCUGUCAUUGUGAUAUCCUCCCCUGGACUGAAGAAGGUCCACUCAGAGUGACGUCAUCAUCACCAUCCAAAAACAAUAAAUGAAACAAACACUGUU